CUUACAAAUACUCAACACAACCUAUUGCCCUACAUUCUUCAGUCUAGCUCCGCCCCCCUUGCGCACACCUGUGGCGCACAGUAGCCGCACCUGUACGGAGCCAGCUGCGCCCUGCCCGGGCAAAAAUCACCUUCCAUUACUUCUCCCGCUCAGAACAUCCACGGCAUCCUGUUUCUGCACGUAUGUCACGUUCACCUGACAUGUUGAAGCUCCUGACUUACCUCCACGACUCGGAGCUCGUGGCUCGGUUCCAGAGACGCUGCGGACUCGUCCUGGUCGAAGGCGCGCAUCACAGCCUAGUGAGGUUGAGCGCUCCGAGUGGAACCCCGGCCCACGCCGACGUACCACGUGGACAGCUGAAGGGAAGAAGGGACCACCAGGAUAAUAAUUCAAACUAUAAAUACAAGGAGAAUGGAUGUGCUGUCGCUGGCUUCAGCAGGCCUCAGUAUGAGGUGAGGAACUGGCUUUUACACUUCCUCUUCCUGUUCUCGGCAGGCCUGGGGCAUGAAAUUUUUUACAUCACCUGUCUGCCCUGCAUACACUGGAGCCUGGACCCAUUCCUGUGCCGACGCCUGGUCAACAUGUGGUGUUUGGUGAUGUACAUUGGCCAGGUGAUGAAAGAUAUGCUGAAGCUGCCUCGCCCUCUCUCCCCCCCUGUGGUCAAGCUGGAGACACGUGUUGAUGCCGAAUAUGGGCUUCCCUCCACCCACGCCAUGGCCGCCACCGCCAUCUCCUUCACCGUUUUACUAAGCGCUCCAUCCAGGAUACAGUUUCAGUUCGAGGUGGGUCUGCUGAUCGCACUGACGCUGUCGUCUUUGGUGUGUCUGAGCCGCCUCUACACAGGCAUGCACUCAGUUUUGGAUGUGAUCUGUGGCGCUUUAAUCUCAGCCAUCAUCAUGUUUCUCACCUACCCAUAUUGGGAAACCUUUGACCGUUUCCAGCUGACCAGCCACAUCUCCCCCAUCGUGGCAUUGACACUGCCCCUCUUCCUCAGCUACACAUACCCUGAGCUGGACCAUUACAGCACCACACGGGGGGAUACCACCACCAUUCUAGGAGUAGGGGCCGGGUGCUCUGUGGGAUACUGGGUGAAUGAGCAGCUAGGGCAGACUUUUGAGCCCAAGGGGGUGCUACCUGUACCCCUACCCACACUGACAGCACAUGCAUUGGUACUAGGUGCUGCCCGCUUUGUUGUCGGAGUUUUAGCAUUAGUGGGAACUCGGCAGGUUAUGAAAACACUAAGCCUGCACGUGUUGUAUUUGUGGUACAGGGUGUCAAAAAAUGACGACAGUGCCAGGAGGAGAAGAGAGAUUGAAGUGCCGUAUAAGUUUUCCACAUACACAGCUGUUGGACUUGUCAAUUCUAUAUUGGUCAAUAAAGUCUUCAUCCUACUGGGACUACUGUGACCUAUUAACACAAGAUGGCUGUAUAAUUAUCUGAACUUGCCGUAAGAAAAAUGUACCUCAUAUUUAUUUCAAUGUUUUUUACAUGUUAACUCUUAUUCAAUGAGCUUCAGCUGGAAAUAAUUCACAACAGUGCACUUGUAACUGAGCUGAAAGCAAAUAAAUAUUUUGCUCACUUAGCAAUGUUGUUUUUAUGACUUCCCAGUUUGAUCAUUAUUUGAAUUGUGUAGUCAAGGCUAUAAAAUGGUUAUUGGAGUGUUGUGUAUUGCAGAAGACACAAAUACCAAAAUAGUGUCCACAUGCAAGUUCCCCGUUACCCCACCUUGAGCCAGACAUGCACAGAUCAGUCAGGGUAAUCCUAUCAAAACCAGUUUAACGGAAACUUGGCAAAUUAAUUUCAACAGCACCCGUCUUUCAUUCCCCCCUAAGUCUUAUUACUUGGCAGGUUAGAACAGGCCAUCUGCUACACCAUAUUGGCCUAGUUAUUGUAUGUUCAGGAGCAGUGUAGUAAUGAAAUAGUUAACCUCCCUUUGCUACAGUAGAGUUUGAAGGAAUGCUGGAACACCUGUCAGACUUAAUUUAGAAGACAGCUUGUUAUCCUGCACAGCUCAGUUUCAUACUGGCUGCAAUAAUUUCUCCUUGAAUUGACAGUGAACGUCAACAUACACAGUGGAAGUCUGUAAUUAUGAACUAGUGCCUGU